AUGGACGUAGAAGCCGAGAUCGCUGCUCGCGAUGGGGGUGAAGUUUUCCCGACUAUUCUCAUUGGUCCGGGUUCUACUCCAGCGCGACAACCUCGGCUCCGUCUCCGUCACUUGAGCGAGGAGGAGCAGGAUAUUGCUGCUGCUGCGGUACAGCACUUUGCGGAUGUCAUGGCGAGCAAGAUUACGGAUGCGGACAGUUGGAUAUCUGGUGAGGGAUACAUCUUGGCCAUCCCAGACCGGCUUCGCGAAGUGCUGCUGCCAUUCUCGGUGUCACCAAUGGGUACUUCAAGCUCGAGAGACAACUGUCCUCGCCAACGCCCACCCCGCGUGACGCGUACGCAGCGCGAGCAUCGGUUGGAUGAGGCCCUUGAUGACAUGCAAGCGACGCAACAGGCGGUACCGAGUGACCGUCGCGCGGUCCGGAAGUCUCGCCGCCGCGUGGGUAGAAUACGAGCGUCUAUGGCUCAACUCGAGUUGCGUCGCCGCUUUGCGCAAGAAGAAGCAAAUUGUGUUUCUCUAUCGUCGAGGGAAUUCCGGGAUGUUCUUAAUGGAUUCCCACGGACGCAUCUAGGUGAUGAUUGCUUUUCCGAGGCUUUUUCGAUGGACGAAGUGGAGGACGAGCUGUUGAGGGUAACUAAAACGUCCAGCCCCGGGCACGAUGGGGUUGGCUAUGAUGUUUACAACCAGUUUGCCCCGCAAUUGAUACCCCUUCUGCAUGCCGCUUACCGAUUCUUCUGGCUACACCGGAUGGUACCUCGACUCUGGAAGGUGGGCAUGGUCCGCUUGGUUCACAAGAAAGGCGACCCGCUGCAACCUACGAACUGGAGGCCAAUUUGCUUACAGCCCGCUAUAUACAAACUUUACAGCGGGUUGCUGGCCAAGCGGCUGUCGUGCUGGUUGGAACUUAACCACCGGUUGCCCAUGGCGCAAAAGGGGUUUCGAGAGUUUAACGGAUGCCAUGAGCACAAUUUCCUGGCUACUACGAUGCUCGAUCAGACCCGUCGCUCGCGCCGCAAGCUCUACCAAGUCUGGUAUGACCUCCGAAACGCCUUCGGUUCGCUUCCGUAG